GUGGCUGCCGGACCGACCGGACCGCGAGGCCGCUGGGCGGCGGUCGGCUCCUGCUGCCCUUGUCCCGAGACCCCGCGCACCUGGCCAGGCCCCUGGCCCCGACAUGGCCCGUCGCUCCCAGAGCUCCUCGCAGGGGGACAACCCACUGGCACCUGGGUACCUGCCACCUCACUACAAGGAGUACUACCGUCUGGCAGUGGAUGCCCUGGCUGAGGGAGGGCCAGAGGCCUACAGCCGCUUCCUGGCGUCUGAGGGGGCACCUGCCUUCCUGUGCCCUGAGGAGCUGGAGCAUGUGAGCCGCCACUUGCGGCCCCCACAGCAUGUUGCUCGCGAGCCCCCUGAAGGCAGCCCUCCCAAUGUGGACAUGGAUGGCUCCUCAGGCACUUACUGGCCCAUGAACUCAGACCAGGCAGUGCCUGAGCUUGACCUAGGCUGGCCCCUGACCUUCGGCUUCCAGGGCACUGAAGUCACGACCCUGGUACAGCCACCACCACCUGACAGCCCCAGCAUCAAGGAUGAGGCUCGAAGGAUGAUCCGCUCUGCCCAGCAGGUGGUGGCCGUGGUGAUGGACAUGUUCACCGACGUGGACCUGCUUGGUGAAGUGCUGGAGGCAGCGGCUCGCCGCGUCCCGGUCUACAUCCUCUUGGAUGAGAUGAAUGCGCAGCACUUCCUAGACAUGGCCGACAAGUGCCGCGUCAACCUGCAUCACGUGGAUUUCCUGCGCGUGCGCACUGUGGCAGGCCCCACCUACUACUGCCGCACUGGGAAGUCCUUCAAGGGCCACGUGAAGGAGAAGUUCCUGCUGGUGGACUGUGCCGUGGUUAUGAGUGGGAGCUACAGCUUCAUGUGGUCCUUCGAGAAGAUCCACCGAAGCCUGGCGCACGUGUUCCAGGGCGAGCUGGUCUCCAGCUUCGAUGAGGAGUUCCGCAUCCUGUUCGCGCAGUCCGAGCCUCUGGUGCCCUCAGCCGGGGCACUGGCCCGCAUGGAUGCUUACGCCCUGGCUCCAUACGCGGGAGCCGGGCCCCUUAUGGGCGGCCAGGUGACCGGGGCGCCGACCCCUUUCUCCUUCCCCAAACGAGCGCACCUCCUGUUCCCACCGCCUCGGGAAGAGGGCCUGGGUUUCCCCUCCUUCCUCGACCCCGACCGCCACUUCUUGUCGGCCUUCCGCCGGGAGGAGCCAGCGCGGAUGCCCGCGGGAGCCCUGGAGCCGCACGCGGGACUGCGGCCCCUAUCGCGGCGGCUGGACGCGGAGGCAGGACUAGGGGGAGAGCUCGCGGGCCCGCGGGGCUUCUUUCAGGCCCGGCAUCUGGAGAUGGACACCUUCAAGCGGCACAGCUACGCGGCGGCCGACGGCACCGGCGCGGGGGAGAACUUUGCGGCUGCGCGGCAGGUGUCACGGCAGGCGUUCCUCAGCCACGGUGACGAGUUCCGCUUCCAGACCAGUCACUUCCACCGUGACCAGCUCUACCAGCAGCAUUACCAAUGGGACCCACAGCUCGCGCCGGCGCGGCCGCAGGGCCUGUUUGAGAAGCUGCGCGCUGGCCGCCCCGGCUUCGCCGAGCACGACGACUUCGCGCUGGGGCCCGGGCCACGCUUCCCCGAGCUCGGCCCCGACGGACACCAGCGGCUGGACUACGUGCCGUCAAGCGCGUCGCGCGAGGUGCGCCACGGCUCAGACCCCGCCUCGGGGCCCGGGCCCCGCGGCCUGGAACCCAGCGGAGCCCCACGCCCCAACCUGGGCCAGCGCUUCCCGUGCCAGGCAGUGGCAAGGCAGGGCCCAGACGCCGCGCCCGACGCAGAGCAGGAGCGCAGGGGCGGGCCCGAGGGGCGGGCCGGGCUGCGGCACUGGCGCUUGGCGUCCUACCUGAGCGGUUGCCAUGGCGAGGACGCGGGCGAGGAGGGCCUGCCGGCACCCAUGGAGGCUGAGGCCUAUGAAGACGACGUUCUGGUGUCCGGUGGCCGAAUGGCCCCCGGGGACCUGCUCCCCUCAGCCUCCCGUGCGCCCUUCCCGGCCAAGGGCCUGGUGUCCUGCUCCGGCGGCGGUGGUGGCGACAGCCCAGAGCGCGAGGGCCUGGAGGAGGCAGGUCUGGCCAAGCAGGACUCCUUCCGCUCGCGCUUGAACCCGCUGAUCCAGCGCAGCUCGCGCCUGCGCUCCUCCCUGAUCUUCAGCGCUUCGCAGGCCGAGGGCGCCGGUGGGGCCAUGGCGGCCACUACCGAGAAGGCGCAGCUGCUGCACAAGGAGCAGGCGGUCAGCGAGAUGCUGGGGUCCGGUGGCGAGGCCAUGCGCUCCGCCACUUCCACCAAGGUGGCCGAGCUCCUGGAGAAAUACAAGGGCCCGGCGCGUGAUGCCGGAGGGGCGGGGGCCCCAGUCACAGUCGCCAGCCAUAGCAAGGCUGUUGUGUCCCAGGCGUGGCGGGAGGAGGCGGUGGUGCCGGGUGGGGCGGGAAGCGAGCGCCGCAGCCUCGAGAGUUGCCUGCUGGACCUGCGCGACUCCUUCGCACAGCGGCUGCACCAGGAGGCUGAGAGGCAGCCGGGAGCAGCCACGCUUACUGCCACCCAGCUGCUAGACACGCUGGGCCGGAGCGGCACCGACCGGCUGCCCUCUCGCUUUCUCUCUGCCCAGGGUCGCUCCGCCUCCCCACAAGGGCGGGUCAGUCCCCCGCUGGAGGGGCCUGGGCCGCGCCAGGCACCUCACCCUGAGCCGAAAGGGAGCCCCACCGCGGCCUAUCCCGAGCGCAGGGGCAGCCCGGUCCCCGCUGUGCCGGAGCGCAGGGGCAGCCCGGUCCCCGCUGUGCCGGAGCGCAGGGGCAGCCCGGUCCCCGCUGUGCCGGAGCGCAGGGGCAGCCCGGUCCCCCCUGUGCCGGAGCGCAGGGGCAGCCCCGUCCCCCCUGUGCCGGAGCGCAGGGGCAGCCUCACUCUUCCCUUCUCCGAGGAGUCUCCUAAGACUGGGGCCGCGGAGGAGACGGCUGGCGGCCCCAUGGAAGUCUUGCGCAAGGGCUCCCUGCGCCUCCGCCAGCUGCUGAGCCCCAAGGCUGAGCGGCGCACGGAGGAAGAGGGCGGCUUCCCAGCGCCGCAGGAGAACGGGCAGCCCGAGAGCCCCCGGCGGCCGUCGCUGGGCAGGGCUGAGAGCACUGAGGCUGCCACUGGAGACGAGUGGGGCCCGCGGGCGCGCAUGGGCUCCACCACGGCCAACGCCUUGUACAGCAGCAACCUGCGGGAUGACACGAAAGCCAUUCUGGAGCAGAUCAGCGCCCACGGCCAGAAACACCGCGGGGUCCCCGCCCCGGCCCCGGGCCUGGCUCGCAGCAGUCCUGAACUAGGCCGCUCACCAGCUGCUGGCGGCCUGGCCCCUGACAUGUCCGACAAAGACAAAUGCUCUGCCAUCUUCCGCUCGGACAGCCUGGGGACCCAGGGAAGGCUGAGCCGCACCCUGCCUGCCAGCGCCGAGGACCGCGACCGGCUGCUGCUCCGCAUGGAGAGCAUGCGCAAGGAGAAGCGCGUCUACAGCCGGUUUGAGGUCUUCUGCAAAAAGGAAGAAGCCGGAGGCCCGGGGGCAGGGGAGGGCACAGCAGAGGACGACACCAGGGACAGCAAGGUGGGCAAGUUCAUGCCCAGGAUCCUGGGUACUUUCAAAAGGAAGUGA